AUGAAAAUUAGCUCAGACAUUGUUCGAGCGCUGGCGCAGCUUGCAGAACAGGCCGUUGCCAUGGGCAUCGACUACAAGACUCUCGGGAUCGGCUGGCACCAUCCCUCCUCGCGGACGAGCUAUCGGCGCUGCGAGCACCGGUCCACCCGCUCGCCGGCCUCGCGCCAAAGGCAAAAGGCAUCCAAAGCUCGGCUCGUGGAGGCACUUGCUUCUGCAGCGGACUUCAAGCUGGACAUGCGGAGUACGCUGAUAGAAGAAUUUCUCCGCGAGAUCGGCGUGGCACAUGAAGCCAGCCUGCGUGAGUCCGCCACCUGGCCCGGUGUCGUGUCUGCUCUGGAGGCAGAACUGCUACUGCCACUCCGCGCUCUUAAUGAGUGUCGCAUGCUGCAGACCAUGUGUGGCGCUCCACUUCCUGAAGAUGAGCUGAAGCGAGUUGUGCUGUCUCUCACAGAGGCGGUGCUAAAAAGCAGUACCGGCUUCGCUGACUGGCGGUACAGCACACCCAGGGGUCAAGACCAGUUGUGUGGAUUGUCUGAUCAUCAGAUCAUGCUCUGGCGAGAACCGACUGCACAAGAGCAUGCAGCUGGACUAAAGACGCACGAGGACGCGGUUGGAGAAUUGGGCUUCUUUUGGGCAACGAAGAUCGGAGGCCCAUCUCAUGGCUUCGAUUACGAAAGCCAAUGCAUUCUGCCUUUGCUUGCAAACGCGCGGCACAAGGUAAUUCUGGUCAGCGACCCGACUUGGACAGAUCACCCGGUUGGGAGAGCACAUUGGCGUUUGCUUUGGUCUGUUGGGUGUGGCAAGAAGCAGCCGGAACCUCGCCUAUGGUUGGAGACAGUGAACGCCGAUUUCGAAGCCCCUGUCUCAUCAGAAGGUUGGGAGACCGCCGUUCUGACCCACGCGAUUUCCAAAGCAGAUGCGAUGUGUAUACCACUCUCGGUAGACCUGAUGCAGGCGACUGCUUUGCACUCGCUCCUUGGCAGCUCGAGAGAUGUGGAAGAGAUCUCCGAGAAAAUGCUGCUGCGAGCAAGCAAUGCGAUCGUUGAGGCUUCGGAUUAUCUCAGCUCGGAGCAUGACUGGGUGCUUGGCUGCUGA